AUGUCGUUGCCAACUGUUGAGAAGCCUCGCCCAAUUCAUAGGAGUAAACCGAGCUUUGCCAAUUCCAUCGAUACAUUUCUGAGUGUGGACACAAAAACAUGGGAUUGGAAUCGUUUCUCACCAACAAAAGACCUCGAGUCUCAGCAGUCUCGUCCGAGCCUUGCUUCAUUGCGAUACCACAUUUUCAGCAUUUAUAGACGUUUGUUUACACUCGUUUACACUGCCAAUGCGAUUGCCUUCAUUAUAAUCAUGGUGUCCAGCCGUGAGAAGACACUGGCCUUUGUCAAUGCGGCGGGAAUCAAUUUGUUAGUCUGCGGCCUUGCUCGUCAUCCCAUGGUGGUGAACGCUAUUUUCUUGACUGUGUGCCGUGUCUCUGUCUCGGCCCCCUUUUGGCUACGAAAAAAAGCUGCAGAGGCAUAUCAUUACGGUGGCGUACACAGUGGAUGCGGUGUCGCCUCUUUCUUGUGGUAUACUGGACUCGUAGGGUUGAUCUCUCGUGAAUACUGGGCGAAUAACGCGGCGGGAACCAUCACCUUGCCUAUCAUAGUUAUAGCUUAUCUUUUACUCGGUGUGCUGCUUGGGAUCAUUAUAGUUGCUCAUCCAACCCUCCGCGCGAAAAGACACGAUUACUUCGAGUUGAUCCACCGAUUCUCAGCAUGGACAGCCGUGGCUCUUUUUCUUACCCUGCUGUUGGUCUUCUCUGAUCAAGCGAGAAAGGCACAAGGCUUAUCCUACGGCCAAUACCUUAUCCGUUUCCCCGCAUUCUGGGUCGUGAUUCUGAUCGUUCUUACCAUCAUACAUCCGUGGACUCUCCUCCGCCGAGUCCAAGUUAAGCCCGAAGCCCUGUCAUCCCACGCGACGCGACUCCACUUCGACCACACAUCCACCAAUUUUGGAAAGGUCAUCGGCCUUUCCAAUCACCCUCUAAAAGACUGGCACAGUUUCGCCACGUUCCCUGAUCCAGAUAGCAAGAGUUGGUCUGUGAUAGUCUCGCGAGCAGGUGAUUGGACGGCAAGAUGCAUUGCGGAGCAGCCGACGCAUCUUUGGAAACGCGGUGUGCUGAUGUAUGGGUUCAUCCAUGUCAUGCGCCUUUUCCGUCGGGUGGUUGUGGUCGCGACGGGAUCUGGCAUUGGGCCUUGUUUGUCUUUUCUGAGUGAGAAACGAAAUCCCCACUUGCGACUGAUUUGGCAGACUCGGACUCCGAAACGCACAUACGGACCUGAUGUCCUCAGCCUUGUCCACCGCCUCGAUCCGAACCCUCUUCUCAUUGAUACAGGUAAUAGUGGGCGGAUUGAUAUGGUUCCUACUAUCCAGGAAAUGGCGCGUGACUUUGAUGCCGAGGCUGUCUGCGUUAUAAGCAAUCCACACCUCACGAAGAAGAUUGUUUAUGAGCUAAGAGCUAGCGGUAUGCCGGCCUUUGGGCCCAUCUUCGACUCUUGA